GGAGCCACUGCUCUAUAAGUAAACACUCCGCGCGCCCGGACUCGGCUGGUUCCUCUUUGGGAGGCGAUCCACCGCGUAGCGCCGGUUCCGAUUUUUCUCUUCCUCCGCUGGGCUGGGCAGGCGCGCGCGGGCCGGGAGGCGCCGCGGCCGCCCGUCGGGCCCGGAACCCGCUGGUCUCUCCGCUCCAGUGCGCGCGCUCGCCUGUCCGCCGCCGCCGCCACCGCGGAGAGCCCGGGCCGCCCGGGGCGCGGCGUCCCGAGCACAGGGGGAGACAAAGGGGGCCGAGCCGAGAUGUGGAUCCAGGUUCGCACCAUCGACGGCGCCCAGACGCGCACCAUCGAGGACGUUUCUCGCAAAGCCACGAUUGAGGAGCUCCGCGAGCGGGUGUGGGCGCUGUUCGACGUGCGGCCCGAGUGCCAGCGCCUCUUCUACCGAGGCAAGCAGGUGAGGCGCGCCCGCCCGGGGCGCGAGCUGCGGAUGCCUCCCGGCGCGGGGCUCCAAGGUGGCGGGCCGGGGGUCGCAGGGGCCGCGGCCAGGCCUGCGGGGAGGGGCGCAGGGCUCCCGGCAGCUCCGACCACAGGUGCGCCCGGCGGGGUCGGAGGCGAGAGCGGCCGGGACUCGGGGACGUCGCCGUGUGAUCCUAGCGGGGCGCCGCUGUACGCGCAGCCCGGAGGGCCCCGUGCUCCCCGCUUCCCGCGCGCGGUGCUGCCGAGGGACGCGGGAGGGUGGGGACGGCGGCGGACGCGGCGGCCAUGGCACAGGCGGGAGGGGCGCGCUGGCGCCGGUUCGCGCAAUCGGCCGAGGGCUCGGGCGCCCCGGCUCCCGGAUGGGAAACGGAAACUCGGGCAUUGCCCUCGGGCGCGAGAACCCCAGCCCUGUCACCUCGCCGUGGAAGGAUCUGCAGAUCCAGAGAACCCCGCGGGAUUCCAGAACGCCUCCGACAUUCAGGAAAUACAGGUAAAUGAAUUGGUGGAUGCCAGAGAUGUCGGCCUUGGUGCUUGGUUUGAAGCACAUAUACAUAGUGUUACUAGAGCUUCUGAUGGACAUUCACGUGGCAAAACUCCAGUGAAGAAUGGCAGUUCUUAUAAAAGGACUAAUGGAAAUGUAAAUCAUAAUUCCAAAGAGAACACACAUAAAUUGGACAAUGCCCCCUCUACGUCUAAUUCAGACUGUGUUCCUGCUGAUGAAGAUGUUAUUUAUCGUAUCGAGUAUGAUGAAUAUCCAGAAAGUGGUACUCUACAAAUGAAUGUAAAGGAUCUCCGACCACGAGCUAGAACCAUUUUGAAAUGGAAUGAACUAAAUGUUGGUGAUGUGGUAAUGGUUAAUUACAAUGUGGAAAAUCCAGCAAAAAGAGGAUUUUGGUAUGAUGCAGAAAUUACCACAUUGAAGGCAGUCUCCAGGACUAAAAAAGAACUUCGUGUGAAAAUUUUUCUAGGGGGUUCAGAAGGAACAUUAAAUGACUGCAGGGUAAUUUUCAUAGAAGAAAUCUUCAAGAUUGAGAAGCCUGGAGCCCAUCCUCUUUCAUUUGCAGAUGGAAAGUUCUUAAGGAAAAAUGACCCUGAAUGUGACCUGUGUGGCGGAGACCCAGAUAAGAAAUGUCAUACUUGUUCUUGUCAUAAAUGUGGAGAGAAACGUGAACCCAACAUGCAGCUCCUUUGCGAUGAAUGUAAUAUGGCCUAUCAUAUUUACUGCCUGAAUCCACCUUUGGAUAAAAUCCCAGAGGAAGAAUACUGGUAUUGUCCUUGCUGUAAAACUGAUUCCAGUGAGGUUGUAAAGGCUGGUGAAGGACUCAAGAUGAGUAAGAAGAAAGCAAAGAUGCCUUCUGCCAGUACUGAAAGCCGGCGGGACUGGGGCAGGGGCAUGGCUUGUGUUGGCCGUACAAAAGAGUGCACUAUUGUCCCUUCUAAUCAUUAUGGACCUAUUCCUGGUAUUCCUGUUGGAUCAACGUGGAGAUUUAGGGUUCAGGUGAGCGAAGCAGGUGUUCAUAGACCCCAUGUUGGUGGAAUUCAUGGUCGCAGUAACGAUGGGGCUUAUUCUCUUGUCCUGGCUGGUGGAUUUGCUGAUGAAGUAGACCGAGGUGAUGAAUUUACAUACACUGGAAGUGGUGGUAAAAAUCUUGCUGGUAAUAAGAGAAUUGGUGCACCAUCAGCUGAUCAAACAUUAACAAAUAUGAACAGGGCAUUGGCCCUAAACUGUGAUGCUCCAUUGGAUGAUAAAAUUGGAGCAGAGUCUCGGAAUUGGAGAGCUGGUAAGCCAGUCAGAGUGAUACGCAGUUUUAAAGGGAGGAAGAUCAGCAAAUAUGCUCCUGAAGAAGGCAACAGAUAUGAUGGCAUUUAUAAGGUGGUGAAAUACUGGCCAGAGAUUUCGUCUAGUCAUGGAUUCUUAGUUUGGCGCUACCUUUUAAGAAGAGAUGAUGUUGAACCUGCACCUUGGACCUCAGAGGGAAUAGAGCGAUCAAGGAGAUUAUGCCUACGUUUACAGUACCCUGCAGGUUACCCUUCAGACAAGGAGAGCAAGAAGACUAAAGGCCAGUCGAAGAAGCCAGCCGGGGAGGCUGCCAAACGGCCACCUGCACGCGAUGAAUGUCCAAGUGCCUCCAAAGUGAUCAAAGCAUCAGAUUCAGCAGAAGCCACCGUGGAGGCUUUCCAGCUUACCCCUCAGCAGCAGCAUCUCAUCAGAGAAGACGCUCAGAACCAGAAACUGUGGGACGAAGUGCUGGCAUCGCUUGUGGAAGGACCAAACUUUCUGAAAAAAUUGGAACAAUCUUUCAUGUGUGUUUGCUGUCAGGAGCUAGUUUAUCAACCUGUGACAACAGAGUGCUUCCACAAUGUCUGUAAAGAUUGCUUGCAGCGCUCUUUUAAGGCCCAAGUUUUCUCCUGCCCUGCUUGCCGGCAUGAUCUCGGCCAGAAUUACGUCAUGAUUCCCAAUGAGAUUCUGCAGACUCUACUUGACCUUUUCUUCCCUGGCUAUAGCAAAGGACGAUGAUCGAUCUACUUCUGUGUUGUUCCGGUGGCUUAUUGGACAAUAAAGAAUCUAAAGUGGGUGGGGAGGGAGGAAACAACAGUGGACCAUCUCUCUCACAUUUUGAAGCAGCUACUCCUCUUUCCCACAUAGCCAUCACCUUGUGUGUGUAGUAGGGGCCCAUUUUUCAGCUGUCUUAACUAUUAAAAGGUAGUUCUGUCAGUAACAACUAGUUUUAAUGAGUAAGUCAAAGCCUCAGCUCUAGUUGAUAUCCAAGUUAUGAUUUAUUUUGCAACUACCUCAGGACAGAAAAGAUUUAUGGGGAUUUUAAAAAUCAUUGAAUAAUUAGUUAAAUGAGAUUUUAGCUACACACUGCCUCCCAAAUAUUAGUUGUGCCUGGUUCUUGUAAUUUGAUUUUAUGAAAAAGAAGAUGACACGAGAUUCUUGGAAUGAACGCAGCUUCUGUAGUAUGCAUAACACUUUUUAAAAUGUCUCUUCUUCCAUUACAGUAUGUUUUUGCAAGGACAGGUUCGUUUUUUAGCCCAUUUUGUGAGCUCCAUUGUGCUUUUCUUCUGGUGUUUUAUGCAAGUUGACUACUAAUGACUAAUGAAAACAAUAUGAAUGCAUUCUUGCUGCAUUAGUGUAAUGUGGUGUGGUUUUGCAGUUAAAAGAGGUAUUCAGAUGCUUUAGUUGUAAAUGUUCAUGAAAAGCCACUUCCGUAUUAGUCAAACUGCUUUUUAGUGAGUUUCACCAGUGAUUUUAUAUCUUCAGAGUAUUGAGGGUUGUUCUGACUUUUGAGGGGGUUGAAAUUGCUUCAUAUUGUGACCCUAAAUUUUAUAUUCACUAUAUUCCUUAAAAGUAUACCUUAAUAAAUAUUUUAUGAUCAGAAAGCGUUCAUUUUGCUUUACUUCUAUAUAAUUUUAUGGUUCAUGUUAUGGAUUUUUAAGAAUCAGUUUCUUGAAAUUUUCAUUGUAUGUCUUUAUUAAAACAUUUUGACUCCGAAUUUUGGUAAUGACUAGAAUGAAAAUUUUCUAACCUAAUGCAUAUUAAUUGUAAAAUAAGGUCUUACAGAGACAAAUCCCAUCUUCAGUUUAAAUUUCUUUUAAAGUGUUCUAUUGAAUGUGGAAAUUUUGAAAGAACAUAGUGAAUGUUCUUUUAUCUGUAACUCCUAUAUUCCAUUUUUCCAUGAGUGCUGCUUAUUUCAGACAUGAGACCAUUUUAAGUGUUGUUCUGUUAUAGUCAUUUUUAUCAGAGAAAAUUUUAAUGUGAUCAUGUCUUUGUAACCCUAUUCAAAGCUAACUAACCGUCCGUCUGUCUCAGCGACAUUUACUGAAUGUCUGCUUUGUGUAGUCACGUGACAUGUACCUCUGGCAGUCUGUAGCAGAAGCUUGAUGGUCUCGUGCGCUGCAUAGGUUGUCACUCGUGCAUGUCUACAUGCACUUAAAUUCAAAAUCAAGAGUCCAUUGUGACAGUGAAUCUAAUGUCACUGAGUAUCCCUUAAUAUAGUGAUCUUUCCGUAACUGUGAUGGUGAACCUUGUAGAGUUUUCAGUGAUGACAACAGUCCACUGUGACGGGGGUGCCAUAGGUUCACCACCACUGGUCAAGCCUUAAAAGAAGCCCAAAAAUCAUUUUUAUUGUGAAGAAUCAUUUCAUUAGGAUCUUCUUAGAUUGAAAGUGAAUUAUAAGCUGUAUUGCCCUGGGCUGUAUUCCCUAUAGCAUUUGACCAGGGUGAAUGAAGACUGGGAAGUAAUCUCCCUGUUCCAGCUCUUUGAAGUUUAAUUCUACUGCUACUGUUAGUAAAGUAAGUACAUCUCAGAAUUAUGCUGUGUUAUCUUAACUCCACUACAACAGAAGGAGCUAGGAAAGAAGGAUAAAUACAGCUGUCAAGAAAGGGCAAAGCUAAGGAAUUUUGUAUUCAAAAACUUUUAAGUUUUUUUAAGAUGAAGUAUUUUUACAUAAAUAUUUCAAAGGAUAUGUAGAAAAUAGGGACUUUUCAAAAGACAUUCCCAAAGUACUAUUGUCACAUGUUAA